UUAAUAUCAGACUGCACACUAUUUUUUCAUUUCUUCAUAGUAACAUUGUGUUGGAGCAUCAAAUUGCAAAUUACCGCACUGCCUACAACCACACUUCGCGAACAUAACUGGUGUUUGGGCUCACUAAAACACUACUUUUCUCUUCACUAUGAGGCAUUAGAAACAACACUACCCGAUCUAUGCAUUAAUGGCUCCGCUUGCGACCCUGCACAAAAGCACAGCCUCAUAAAGUCAAUAACGCAGGGUGUGUUGAAACACCACGCAAUCACAAUGCAUUGUACCCAGAGACUCGAAAAGGCUUGGGGACCCCACGACUACUGCAACGCUGGUGAUCGGUGCCAAAGAACCUCGUGGGCUGUAACGCGGUCUCGCCUCACAGACGGCGCACAGGUGCAUGCAGCGGCGCAAACCUCGUCGUCAAAAGCCAAAAUCGGCAUCAUGGGCUAAAGGAGAUGCAGAGGGAUUUUCUCAACAGCCGGCUGGGCGUGCUUGUGGCGAGAGCAUCUGCCAUAAAAAUGCUUGGCCCGCAUAGAGCCGACGAGAAGCGCUACUCUGGAGAUGGAUGGGCUCGCUUGGGUGCGGAUUUUCUGGGGUAAAUGGGGCAAACAGUUGACAACUAGUGGGCUUUCCCCAGGAUAUCGUUUUUACUCCAGGCGUUGAGGCUUUUGACUCCGCUCCUACUAGAUCCUUCUGCGCCGGGUCUUUUGCUGGUUUCUUGUCAGUUUCGUUUAUACGCAGAAAAACAUCCCGCUAGUUCCCCGGAUUCCGGUGCGCGGAUGCAGCCACUUGGGGGGGCAGUUCUCUCAGAUUCAGGUUGGGAGAAGCUGCUCCGUCUCCAACGGCAUAGCGCGGCGGGCAACGCCAACAAAACAAAGUUAGACCGAGGCGGGCAAUUAGUUGCAUGGCGGAACAGCCAACAGUUGGCUUGCGACGGUUUGGUUGGACGCCACGCCGCAAGCCAUUCAAUCACAGCGGAAUGAGAGGGUGGGCGUCUAACAGGCAGAGAAGCACACUAGCGACAGUGCGGAUGCGCGUGAGCGCGUAGUGCAUGUAACCCCAAGUCCAAUUAGGCAUCGUGCAAGGGCGUGGCUCCAGUGCCAACGAGCCCGUUUGCUGUAGAAUACGACUCUGCAACUGGGGUCUUGUAGCCUUGCCGGCUGCACAUCCUAAAUUCAGAAUGCCAAAACAAGUAUCCUAUGCGUGUGUGAUGUUGUCUGUACAUGGAACGGAGCCUCAAAGGGGCGGACGCCUUCCAUGGCGUUAGGAACCAGAUUGUGCGUGGCACUAUUCACUUGGCUGUAAAAUUAGAAAUAGAAACUCUUGGUUAACAGAGAUCCGUCGUAGCUUGGCUGCCUCCCAAGCUUGGCUGCUUGGCGGGUUCUCUGUCUACACUGGUGCAAUGGCAAAUAGGGGAUCCCCGACCAAUAUUCACAAGAGAGGGAACGUUAGUUCUCAAAUGCGCUCAGGGUGGUACAGUAAUGGACACUUCGGUAAUUACCCUUAAGUUGCGCUGGGCAGAGCCAGUAUCCGUCGGUGCGGGUAGUUUGCCAUACCACAAGGAGUCGUUUACCCACCAACUCACCGUAUUUCGCCCGUGGAAAGACUGAUUUCUAUUUCCAUAGUUGCUUACUGUGGUUCAAUGCGGCGCCAUUAUCCGACAGUUGGGGCGUCUCGGAAAGCUGUCAGUGUUGCCUUUAACCCGAAAGCCACGAUAUGUCCGCGUGAGCAACAACGUCAAAUAUCGCGCCGGAAGAUGCCUGAUGAACCAAUCAGUUCUAGCCUCUUUAGUUUAAGUCGUCAACAAACUAUGAUUGGUGAUUUGACUACGGGCCUCAUCCGAGUUCCGUGAGCCGCCUCUUCCUGGCCACCUGUAGUUCGUCCUGCGGCAGCCAACGACGCCACGCAUUCAAGUACGCGAGGGCUUGGUUGGCUUCCAGAAGGCGCCGAAGGCUUCGACAGGUGUGCUCAGCUACAGCCAGGCCAGAAAGGCGUUUCUUCUAGAAUGUCAGAAGCAGUCUCAUUCCGUGCCAUUUCCGACAGCCAUCCAGCGCCUAACACUUGAUCCCGCUCAGUAAGUAGGGAAGCCAGGACGACUACGCUUAUGUUGAAAAUAACAAAAAAUCGCUCUGUCCCCUGGGAAACCUCGCGAUCGACCAGGGCGACGCGAAAGUGAGCGAUGGAGUCGUAUGGGACACCUCUUCUGUAGUUAAUUUGGAACUGGACGUUGGCAUCUGCAUCUCGCCCCUUCCACGACAGCUUUGAGGUUAAAAACGCCACUCGGUAGAGGUGAAAAUUUUGAAUAACCGCGCAUUUAUCGAUGAACCGUGCUCGCCAGUGCGCCUCCUUUCAUUUAGGCAGCAUGGAAUUCAAUCUCGAGACCCUAGAAUAUCCGGGCGCGACGGGCAGGUAGAAGAUUUGCCAUGCGGACCAGUUUUUAAAUUGGGUGCCCUUCAAGCCAUGUUUACUCAUAGCAACGACAUGCUGAGCUGGAUGUGGCUUUGUAGAGCCCGGAGCAAAUUGACAGCGAAUUGACCGCCCUUAACCUGGUUCCAAAGUCAAUGGCAGACUUAAGCGGGCGUAGUUUUGCCCACCCAACGUUCGUAGAACAGGACAGGCCCAACAUGGCAUCAUAACCUCGAUACUACUUGGACACGGGCUAUGCACAAGAAGUGCCUGGCACGACUAUAGACAACCGUUGCCGUGGAUAAGCGCCUAGUUAUAGACCUUAUUUACCUGGAACAGCAGCCGUCAUGCACAAACUGUUGUCGAUAUCGUACCACCUAUCCAUGCACGGCUAUCUGACCACAAAAACGGCGGGCGCUAUCUGUGGCUAACUUGGGAUGCACACCCUAGAACAACACGAUAUAGCAUUCAUAGCUAGCAAGCCCGCUGUCUGCCCGGGUACAGUAAACCAACAAAUUGCCUCCCCCCUACCACUUGUGCCCUCUUGAGUUGGCUCUGGGGUGUGUAAAAUCCGCGCGCUAACGUUGGAAAACCUGCUAGAGGCUGAAUAGCACCUGACACUGGUGGGUUGCUGGUGAACCGCCACGCUACUGAUGUACAUAGGAGUCUCUCGUGGUGUGGAGCAUCCAGACUCCUGGCGGCGGCCCAAACCCUCUUUUCGAGGCUGGACUUGGAGGGUCGACGGGGCAGUGGUCACUGCAUGAUAGCGGUAGUAGGCCCGCCCAGAUAGCUUUUUUAUUUCGUUUGUUCUGCCGCGGUUCUGGGGGUCGCGCGACACUAUCGCUUCCUGUCAUCGCAUGUGGCUGGCUCCCCCAGAAUCAAGUGUCGUUUUCGGAGUUUCUUAGAAUGCGUUUUGGUGUCGGGGCUGCCGGCGCCUGCGUGGCUCGCCUGUGGUGUCGCCACCAUCCACAAAGACUAUCUUCUUUUCAGGCUGUCGGUAGUCUCACAACGGCGUGUGGCUGGCCAUCCGUGGCAAGCUAGCCCGUACUAUGUGUUGCAUGCGCCAGCGGAACUUACGCCCCCCAAAAAGAAAUAGACCAGCUUGUUACUUGCGGAAGGUUGCCAGGAUGGGCGCGCGAAAAAAGGGUACCCAGCAGUGUUGAUCAACGGUCCGAAGCAGCUGGAGCAGCACCACUGGUUGCAGUAACCGAAACGCAGCAUGCAUUGGCCCUUUGUCCCUGUUGUCGAUAUCUCUUGGUCGCAAAGGAUUAUUGCAAGGGGGACCCCCGCAAGCCGUGCAAGUGGAGGCCAAAGUACAUGCCCCCUGGACUGCAAGGGUGGAAGCCACCCAAUGCGGUGCCGCGCUUUGCUAAGGUUGGGAUUGUUCUGCGGAGGCCUGGAAACGCUUCUCUGGCUAAGCAUGUGGGAGUGGCUCCGCAAACGAUGUACAAUGUAACUCACUGGAGCCUAUCCAUCCAGACCAGUGGGAGGGUCGUGGAUCCCGCCUGUGUCUUGACAGCUCGGCGCAUGCCCACUUCGCGCGGUGACGAUUCAUUGUGUGAGACGAAGUCAGGCCAGAUAUAGAACGGUAGUGGUGGUGCAGGUCAAAGAGGCGCCUGUAUCGUUGGAGGCGCCCCUGGGGAAACACAGAUAGGCUCAACGCACUACAGCGUGAUUAGGCAGGUCGGCGGUCGGCUGGCUGCGACGCAUGAGGAGACGAGACGGGGGAAAAGCCUCACGGCGGUCGGUAGCUGGUAGCCUCGAGUCGGGGGCAUCUAUGCCUCCCUUUGGACCACGGCGCGCGUGGUGAAGGGCCCCGAAUAGUCUGCUUACCCGCAAUUGUAAGGCAAGCCUCAGGAGACGCACGCUUCUGCCAAGAAUCCAGGCGUUAUGCACGACAGAACCAAACGUAACCAAACCCAAGUACAGCUGCCUCUUCCUAUAGCAAACGACACCCCCUAGAAACCAAGACUCGCCCACUAACAGGGCGAAGUCCACCCCGUGUGGGUAAAAGAUGUGCAGUGGAGAUUGGGGAAAGCUGGGGCUCUGGAAGAUAAAGACGCUUCUGCUGCGUGUUCGUUUGCUGCAACUUCCCCUCCCCCGCUCCUCGCAGCGCUGUCGUCCCCAAUUUUCGUUGUCCGCUAUGCAGCCUGUGCCCUCGGGCGCACGCCCCAAGACCCAUCCUGGGCAAGCCACCUAAACGCCAUCACGGCCCAUAUUCCCCAGCGCUUCGUUCUCCCCAACCUGUAAGACGCUUAGUGCUAUUGGCCUUGCGCAACGCCACCGUUUCCCUUUUGCGCAAGUCCCAUGCCCCUCACACCUCCAAAUCCCCAGCUAGGCAUGACUGUCCGGACCAGUUGCUGAAUCCCAGAGAGGGGGGCGAUUCAGCAGCAGUGUGACCAACGCUUGGCUGCCUUUUCCCAGUAGCUUCCCAUGCAUAAAUGACCGCAUGCCGUCCAACUGUAAGGUCGCUCCUUUCUUCUUAAAUUCCAGCUUUUCCCCCAGACCCAAAAGUCGGAGAUCGCCCUUCUAAUUCCCCUUCUUUCUGGUUGUUGACUCCCAAUUUCCAUUUCCACUCUCCUUCAAUCUUGUCUCUCCAGACCAUUUCCCCUCUUCCUUCCUAUUGUUGGCCAACGUGAGAAUCGCACUUUGCCACAAUGUCGAAAGACGGUGACAUUACUCCCGAGAAGGGAAGUCAUGUUGUUGACUAUGAAAAGGCCGGCACCACGCAGGUCCUUACCAGCCAGGAGGAAGUCCAGCGUGACAGCAACUUCUGGACCAGAAACGGUCUGAAUGCUGAGUCUUUCAAGAAGCGCCAUUAUGGCCUCGGUAUUGUCGAGCUCGAGCGCCCGAUGAAGCCUCGCCAUCUCCACAUGAUUGCCAUUGGUGGUUCAAUUGGUGCUGGUUUCUUCGUCGGUUCGGGCAAAGCCUUUGUCAAUGGUGUAAGUUGCUCUCAAUCCCCCUUCUCGGCUCGUUGUUGGAUGCUCGCAAACAGUUGCUAAUGAGCUUUGAUCUGUAGGGUCCCGCUAGUGUCUUCAUCGAUUUCCUCAUCAUUGGUAUCAUGAUCUUCAACGUCGGUAAGUUCUCGUUCGACCGUCUCUCUCCCGUCCUGGGUCGGUGAAGACUAAUGAAAUGUCUCAUAGUCUACGCUCUCGGUGAGCUCGCUGUUAUGUACCCGGUCUCUGGUGGUUUCUAUACCUAUUCAACUCGUUUCAUCGAUCCUUCUUGGGGCUUUGCCAUGGGCUGGAACUAUGUCUUCCAAUGGGCCAUUGUCCUUCCACUUGAACUGACAGUCUGCUCGCUCACGCUGCAAUAUUGGUCACCCGAAACAUCGCCUGCGGUUUGGAUCAGCAUGUUCAUGGUCCUCAUCAUCAUCAUCAACAUUUUUGGUGUUCUUGGCUAUGCUGAGGAAGAGUUUUGGGCUUCGUGCUUCAAGCUUGCUGCCACUGUCAUCUUCAUGAUCAUCGCUUUCGUCUUGGUUCUUGGUGGUGGCCCAAAGGGUAGCCCGUACGACCACUAUAUCGGAGCUUCCAACUGGUAUCCCAACGCUUUCCGCAACGGCUUCAAGGGCUUCUGCUCCGUUUUCGUCACUGCUGCCUUCUCUUUCUCUGGUACUGAGUUGGUUGGUCUGGCUGCUGCCGAGGCCAAGAACCCUGUCAAGUCUCUGCCUGGUGCCAUCAAGCAGGUGUUCUGGCGUAUCACUCUGUUCUACAUUCUCGGUCUCACUUUCGUUGGCUUUUUGAUCAACGCUGGCGACGAACGUCUGCUCGGUGGUGACAGCCCGCAGGACUAUGUUAAGGCUUCUCCUUUCGUCCUCGUCGGCUACUACGCCAACCUCAAGGGCUUCGAUUCCUUCAUGAACCUCGUCAUUCUUGUCUCAGUCCUUUCCAUUGGUGUUUCUGGUGUCUAUGGUGGUUCACGUACUCUCACUGCCUUGGCUCAGCAGGGUUACGCCCCCAAGCUUUUCACCUACAUCGACAAGUCUGGUCGCCCUCUUCCCUCUGUCAUCGCCAUCAUCGCGUUCGCGCCUUUGGCCUACCUCACUCUUGCUAGCUCUGGUAGCGUCGUUUUCGAUUGGCUUUCGGCCCUCUCUGGUUUGGCUGCUUUGUUCACCUGGGGUUCCAUCUGCCUCGCUCACAUCCGAUUCCGCGCUGCCUGGAAGCACCACGGCCACACUCUCGAUGAGAUUCCCUUCAGAGCUGCUGGUGGUGUCUGGGGCUCGUGGUUCGGUAUCUUCCUCAUUGUCAUUGUCCUCAUGGCUCAGUUCUACACCGCCGUCGCCGCUCCUAUUGGCAAGAGUGGCCUAGGUACUGCCGAAAGCUUCUUCAAGAGCUACCUCGCCAUCUUCGUCGUCGCCCUGUUCUGGGUUAUCGGAUAUCUCUGGAAGCGUGAGGGCUGGAUGUCGGUCGACAAGAUCGAUGUUGAUACCGGCCGCCGUGAGCUCGAUGUCGAGGCUAUUCGCCAAUACCACCAGGAGGUUGCCAACUACUCGACGUUCAAGCGCGUCCUUCACUUCCUUUUCUAAGCGUUGAGUGUGAUUUCUCUCGGGGUCGUCCGGAAUCGUGUUGGAGGGUUAAUCUCAAGUAGUGAGAUUUCGUUUGGUUGUUUAUAUUCGCUACUACUGUAAAGUAUUAACAUUUAAGAUACCACAAUUUGAUACACAUGAAACUG